AUGGGCCCCUGUACCGCCUCCUCAUGCUGCUGCCAGGCCCGUAAUCUGCCAUGGGCCCCCGUACCAACUCCUCAUGCUGCUGCCAGGCCCGUAAUCUGUCAUGAUCCCCUGUACCGCCUCCUCAUGCUGCUGCCAGGUCCAGAGUGUGUCAUGGGUCCCUGUACGGCCUACCCAUUGCUGCUGUCUCCAUCGCCACACACUCUGCCAUGUGCCACUUUCAGGUCUCCUCACACUGCUGGUGGUUUCCAUUUUUGUCAUAGGGUGCUGUAUGGCCUCCCAUUGCUGCUGGGCCUCCACCGCCACACUGUGGCUCCACACUCUGGUUUUGGCCCCGUGACUGCCCAAAUGAGUGAAGUGUGCGGUGAUUCUAAGAUCGACGGCACUCAUCUGCAUGUCAUACUGACUGUCAGUAUUAUUUCUCUUCCCCAGCAGACUCCAAGGGCAUUUAAAUUAAAGGUACAGUGUUCUGCACUAAUAUAA